UCGAUAACAGCCCCCCUGAAAACUAUAAAUCGCCGGCUACAGUUAUCCUGUCAUAUGGAACCGAACAAUAAAAAAGCCAGGAUGACGAACCACAGCAAAUUUAAACAGAAUAAAAAAAAAUAUUUUCAGUCCAAGAAGCAGGUGCUCCAGGUGGGACAGCGCGGCUUUCUGGCCACGUGCAACAUCAACGAGAAGGCUUGUGUGCGCGAAUGCUACAAUUUGCUCAAUCACUACGCUGACAUACUCUACGGUCCUGAAGGCCAGGAAAAGGGGCCCGAGCAGAAAAAGGAGUCAUCAGAAGAGAAUGCAGCUGCUACAAAACCCGAUGCCGAGUCCGACAGCGAUGAUCUCGAAGCUGCUGCUGCCAAGUGUCGUGAAGUGCAGGUUCAGAAGAAGCUGCGUUUCCAAAACGUUGACACCGGAACCACCAACUGCGUAUUCAUACGCACACUACUAGAAGAUCCUGUGGAGCUGGGCAAACACAUAGUAGAUGAUAUUACCGCUACCCGCAAGUCUAUGUCGCGAUUUGUGUUGCGAUUGGUACCCAUCGAGGCUGUCUGCAAAGCCUAUGUUCAGGACAUUGUCAAUGCGGCCGGACCGCUCUUCGACAAGCACUUCCUCAAAGAACCCACUUCUUAUGGGAUUAUCUUCAAUCAUCGCUAUAAUCAGCAACUCAAGCGUGAUGAAGUCAUUACUCAGCUGGCCAAUCUUGUGCAUUCGAAGAACAUUGGCAAUAAGGUUGAUUUACAAAACGCUAAGAAGUCCAUUAUUGUCGAGGUCCUUCGUGGUUGGUGUCUAAUCAGUGUGAUUGACAACUAUUUGGAGUGCAAGAAGUUUAAUUUGGCAGAGCUGGCAAAUCCAACUGAAAAGCAGAAGAAGUCAAAUGGAGAAGAUUCCAAAUCAGAGAAAUCGUUUGAAGACGCAGACUCGAAGCCCGAAGGAAAAGCUGAAGUUGCAAAGUCCGACGAAUUAGUCAACAAAACCAAUGCUGAAGAUGCAAAGUCUGAGAAUUCCAAAUCUGAGGAUCAGAAGGAUGCAGCCAUUGAUUGAAGUUGGCGUUUAAAAAUAACGAAUAAAAUUCCUUAUAAUUUUGUUA